AUGGCCAGCUCGCGCGAUCUCGCAGCAGGCGAGAGCGACUCUGAGCACGAUCAGGUGUCCUUUGCAGCCGAAGAUCGAGCGCAAGACCAUGCCGCCGCAGGACAGAGGAAGUUUCAGAGAAACUACGAGACGCACGACGUCUUGCGAGCGAUCGAGCAGAAAGACACCGAGCUGCUGAUGCACAUCCGCGACGUCAACUUCGACCUGCUGCUCGAUCUGCAGGGCGGCGCCAGCUCCGGCAUCGGCGGUGGCAGCGGCGGUGCCGGAGUGAGCACGCCUCUGGGUUACGCGAUCUCGCUCGGUCCUGCGCAUGAAGGUGUAGCCAUCGUCAUCCUCGGUGCCCUCAGUCGCUUUGUGAAUCAACUGCCCGACGACGUAGCACAGGCGCACGGCGGAAAGCCCAAGCGCGCUCGCCUCGACCCGCGGACGGAGGCGCGCCUGCGCAAGAUCAAGGGCUGUCUCAAGCUCGGCAUUGAUCAUUCUCUGGGCAAGGAGCAAACGAGGCUCAUCUCGAGCUACUGUCAGGUCUUGCUGAUGAUCGAGGGCGAGGGCUUCAUCCACGACACGGUGCAGGCUGCACAGCGAGCCUUGCUGCCUCUGGAGGGCGCCAUCUCGCCGCCGCCCGUGCAGGUCGCGCAGCAAGCCGUCGAGCGCUUUCUCAAUGCCGGCCUGCGCACGCGCACGUCUGCCGCCGAGUUCGCCAAGGGCGCCGAGCGCAUCGCAGCCGUGGAGGACCUCGUCGCGAACGCCACCGGCGACGUGCUUCUCAUGGCACUGUGGGACCUCGUGCGCCUGCGCCCGUCGGAGCUGGGCGCGCUCGCGGCCGAGCCGACGAGCGAUCAGCAAGAGCUCUCUGCGCCGCUGCCGGCAUACUUCAUGGCGCGCGACGAUCGCAUCGCCAGCACCUUCUCGGCGCGUGUGGGAGAGCUGGCCGCCGCGCUCGAGACGCUCGGCACGCAGGCGUCGGGUUCAAAGGCCCGGGACCAGCGCGCAUGGAGAAUGGCGCGAGACGUGAGCACGGCACUCGCCGACGGCAUUCGUCGCAAGGACAGCGCGAUGCGUCUGGCCGCCAUCCAGAGCCGCGUGGCGCGGACGCGCUAA